AUAAAGAUAAACAUAGGAACAAUUAAGUCUCAAAUCUUGUUUCAACCGAGUAAAAUUACCAGACGGACCGUCACUCACGUUGAGGGUCAAAUAUUUUGAGGAUGUGCUAACACAGUAGUGUCGUAGAAAUGUCAAGUUUCUCCAGAUCUGCCCAGCAAUGGGCGACCUUUGCUCGCUCCUGGUUCGUGAUCGAUGCCAGGAUGCAGCCUCCUGGGAAGAUCGCGACCAUGUGUUCCGUUAGGUUACAGGGGAAACACAAGCCUAUCUAUCAUGCACUGAGUGACUGUGGGGACCAUGUGGUAGUUAUAAACACCAAACAAAUAGCCUUCUCUGGAAACAAAUGGGAGCAGAAGGUCUACUCAUCACACUCGGGGUAUCCAGGUGGAUUCAAACAAGUCACAGCUGCCCAGCUGCACCACAAAGACCCAAAGGCUAUCGUGAAGUUGGCGGUUUACGGCAUGCUGCCAAAGAAUCUGCACCGACGCACCAUGAUGCAGCGACUACACAUCUUUGCUGAUGACGAGCUGCCAGAAGACAUCCGAGCCAACCUGACUGAGGAGCUGCCUCAGCCCAGAAAAAUCCCCAGGAAGCUCAGCGAGUACACACAGGAGGAGAUCGACGCCUUCCCCAGGCUGUGGACACCACCCGAGGACUACAAAAUGAAAUGAAACGGAGGCUGCCUGAUGCGACCAGAGCCGAGAGCCUAUCACAUUAAUGCUACACUGAAAGCAACAGGUUCCUCGUUUAUAAUGUACAAUGGCAUUUUUAUAGGAUUUGCUCCGAGAUGUUGUCCGUUUUUGAAUGCUGAAUUUCUUUAUUCAGAUGAAACAUCACAAAAAAAAGUAAGAUUGUGUGCAAAUCCAAGCCACAGCACUGACACCAACUCUGUGCUGCUCUGUACACAUUAUUGACAGCAGACCAGAAUUAUCCAACAGCUUGAGAUGUUAUCAUGUGGCUCUGCUCUGAUCAGACAAAAUCAGGUUCUGUGGGAAUCAGAUUCUGGGGGGUUUCUGUUUGAUUAUACAACCAUGAAAUGAUCAGAUCUGGCCCAUUAAAAUGAGACAUCUGCUCCAGCCGAUCGUGCCCUUUGAAGGUUCGAGGCUCCAUAGUGAAACAAAUUCAUGAGUUACUGUGACAACAUUCAGGCCAGCCAUGUGGUUUCAGUAGAAAAAUGUUAACUUUGGUCAGGAAAUCCUGAGCCUCUUGUCUUGUCAGUGUGUUGCAAAGUUCCACAGUGUUGUUAAAGUGUAAAUCAAUUCUGUUCCAUUGUAAAAUAGGCUAAUAAACAAUUUAAUAAAC